UGAAUUAUCCUCUAAGCCCACAGGCUUCACUUUCCUAGGGUUCACAUCCCCGGGUGAUCAAGUUGAAACUCAGCUAAAGCAGCAGCUACGGUCCCUCAUCCCCAACAAUGACAUGCGAAGGCUCAUUUCUCAUAUUAUCCAGACUCUGAAAAUAGACUGCUCGGAGACCCACGUGCAGCUGGCCUGUGCCAACCUCAUCUCUAGAACAGGCCUCCUGAUGAAGCUUCUCAGCAAGCAGCAAGAAGUAAAGGUGUCCAAAGCGGAAUGGGAUACGGACCAGUGGAAAAGUGACAACUCUAUCAGUGAGAGCACAGAAGCCCAGAGUGAGCAGAAAGAGCAGGAGUCAAGUGAGCUCACAAAAGAAGUUCCAGGAUGUGGCUGUAACAACAAACUCAUCUUGGCAAUAUCUGUAACUGUAGUAGUGACGAUUUUGGUUACAAUUCUCUGUCUCAUUGAGAACAGAUUUAUUCUCAUAGAAUUGCAAAAGGGGAAGAUAAAAAAAGAAGCAGAAGAUAAAUAUUGGUCUUUUAACGCAGAAUUUUACAACUAGAGGAGAACUUAGAACUCAUCUAUUUCAAUUUCCUCACCAAAGGCAAGAAGAAUGUUUCAUUACCCUAAUGGUUUACCCUAAUUUAUUUAUCAGCAGAAUUAGCUUCCCAGCCCAAGCUGAGUUAGAACAGGACUGGCACAGAUUCAUCUGCUUUCACUAGUCCUUUAAGGAAAGAGGGUGGAUGGGGAGAGGUUUUGGUUGUACCUGUUCCUGCUGGCCUGGUGCCUGGUUCCUAGGCAUCAGGCCAGGCCAGAGGCCUUCUAGGAGGCUCUGCGGUAGGGAGGGCCACAUGGUUGGGGAUUUAGGGGCUGGCCUCACUCAAAGCUGACGAAAGGUAGAACCUAUGAGUCCCUUCUGUAAAGUGGCAAGAAAACUUCCCUUCUCACCCUACUGUUUUUCAGGCCGCUACUCUCUAUUCCCUUUAUCCAAACCUCAUAGAAUUUUAACCGGGAGAAACUUUAGACAGCAGUUUGUCUCUUCCUUUUAUAAUAAGGAAAUGGAGAAAGAGAAAGGGAAAAUAUCUUGCCCCAUGGUCAUACUGCUAGUGAUUAUCAAAAAGAAGAGGGUCCCUUUCCACUGAGGACUUCUCUACUGAUCACACUGUGCUUGGGCUGUGAGCUCCGUUUUAUGUCACAAUUCAGUAUACACAUACUAUAUGGGCAUAAGUAGUUUCUGAAACUAACUUAUUGUGCACUCUGAUUUUUUUCUCUUCUAUUUGUAUUCAAAAAGAGUACUUUGUGUUUCCCUGCUGGUCAUGGCCUUUAAACUGAUUUCACAAUUCACUGACACCUCAGUGACAGCCUGCAAUAUGAAAGUCAGAGAGCUAUAGAUAACUUUGCUAGUUGGGUUCAGGUGUUUACUUGGUGUGAUUCAACUUAUAGGAUAGGAUAGAGCAGCCAGGAAAAUAAAAGCACCUUCUCCCCACAGCCACCCCCCCAGCAAAUGCUGCAUGUGCGACUAAGUCCGAAGCAGACUGGUGUGAAGCGCAUCUAGAGAGUAACGUGUUUCUGCCCAGCGCCGCUGUGCAGUGUUUUCUCUGCACGAGGGCUCUUGGCCAAGGGCCAAGAAAGGUGAACGGGGCUGAAAAUCCUGCCUAUACUCCACGCUAAGCCACAUGCAAAGGUCUCCCCAGAGACACGGUGGGGGGGCCAUUUUGGACAGACACAGAGAACUUCUGGAAGGCCAGCAUGCAUGGGAUGAUUUUCAAGAUCCCAGGUCUGUGGUGAUUUUGCUCAUUGUGCUUAUGGACUGAGGUACCCAUUUAGUCCUAAUAAGACCGGAGAUAACACAUUGUGAGAGAGAUGAAAAAUGACAUGUAACACUAACUGUGUGUGUUUUCCUCUAAGGGGCUUUUUUCGAUUUCUGCUGCAUAAGAGAAGCUCAGGGGAAAGUGAGAGGCAGGUAAAUUUGAGGGGGAUAUAGUACUGUGGCCAGAGAAAGCAGGGGAGAUGCUGAAUUAAUAUUUCCCUUUCUGAGUUCCAGGAGGGCUUUUUCGGGAGAAGGCAGCCACUUUGGCUUAGGGAUAUGUAUAGGCCUCUCGACGCCACACGCAAGGAAAACAUGGCACAGAAGCUACACGACAGGGAGUCUUCUGAUGAGGAUGGGAUACUCUAUAAGGAUGCAGGGUAAAUGAUAGGGGACAAUUUAAAAUUCUCCUCUAAAAUGAGGAAAUAAUGAAAACUAUAAUUGUUCCUUUCAAAAGUAAAAGCCUUGGCAUUAUUCUUCCUACCCCAGGGAAGUCAUCAAAGCCCCAGCAGAGAAGCUUCUGGCUGCAUAUUGGGUUGAUGAAGGGGCGGGUGAGGAAAGUGAGACCGCACACGAGACAGCCACAGAGUGAGCCCUGUUCUGCCUCAAGCCACCUGCAAAUUUUAUUUUCUAAUAUUGGCUUCUCAGCAUUGCUUGCAAAAUACUUAUUUUUCUCAUACUAAAAUGUAUAAAUUCAUAGCCAAGUCUAACCAUGUGGUAAGGAAUUAAAAUGUAAAUAGUUGAAUAUUUAUACAUCACUAACAAGGGCCUGCAAGAAGAAGCAGAGCUGAAACUAGAAUCCCUCAUGGUAGCCAGUACUUCCACAAGAGGAAAUGUGGGCAAAGGAGGAUGAGUAGAAGGAUGAAGAGGGGCUUCCCUCCCUUGUUUCCCCAGUAUCAUCAGUCCCUGGGAACUGGAAAACAUACCAUCCUCAAGGGGCGUAGAUCAUUAAAUCAAAUAGCAAUAUAUUCUGGUGCUCUCUCUCCUGGGUCAUCAAGUACCAGUUAUUUACAACAUGCUCGACCUCCUGCCCAUAGAGGACCAUCUACUUCUGGCCCCUCUCGUACGGUCAUUGGGGUUGCCAGAAUAUUUGGAUCACUGGGCCUCCCUCCACUGUGGAGCCAAGGCCUGACUUUUCUCCCAAGUUCUCAAACUCAUGUACAAAUGUGUACCCUGUCUUGGUAGAGGGUUCUCCCCCAUUUCAAGCUGGUGGAAAAUUCCCAUUGGGUUGUUUUUUUUCUUUAAAAAGAAAUCCCAACCCUUGGAUAACUAGCAGGGAGGUUCCAGAAAGACAGGGGAAAGAAGAAUGUGUGAGAGCAGCCAUUGCCCAAGACGGCCCUCCUCAGGCCCUGGCCUCUCCUGACCCCCCUGAGGGUCAGCUGUGUGCUGCUCGGCUCCCUCCAGCUCAGCCCAGCCCCAAACCUACCCACCUCCUGCCUCACCCAGCACAGGCCCAGGGCUGCAUGAUUCCAAGUGAUUAUAUAGUGACAGUGCCACCUGCAGAAGAUGCAAAGGCUCUUCCACUCCUGCCAAGAAAGUCAUUAAUCACAUUUCUUAAGUCAGUGAGAGUUAAAUACAUUAAUGAGUAAAAGAAAUUCUGAAUGAACAAGAUUUGAUAAUCUACCAAAAUGACCACAGACAGUGCUGGUGGUUUAGUAAUAUGAGGUGAAGAACUGUGCAAGCCAUGGGGUGAUAGCACACGGUCCCCCAGAGGAUCAGUGGGCCUGGGAGAUAGCCCAGCAGGUUCCUGCCAGUUGGGUGGGGUUCCAAGCAAAGUGAACGGCCCAUCAGUUCUGAGUUAUGAGUUUGCUGAUGCUGCAUGAGAGACAUCUGUUCUCUCAGUGCCUGCCCAAGUCACCUCCCAAAGGUUCUUACUGAGAAUGAAAAACAAGUGUUUUUCUCUGGGCGGUGACUUCAGUGAGCCAACAAGUAUUUACUGUGUUUAAGGUGCAUGACUAAUACUACUAACUAUAGGAAGCAGCAGCAGCUAACACUUACCACUUGCUUGCUUGGUGCCAAGCCCUGGGUUAGGCAUCUUAUGGUCUUAUUUAGCCCAACAGUCCGUGGAAAGCAUAUCUUGUUAUCCUCAUUUGACAGAUAGGAAACAGGAUUUAAAGAAUGUAGGUAACCUGCUCAAGGACCCAAGGCCCCACGUCCAAAAGUGUGAGUUAAGGUUGGAGCCCAGAACUGUUAGACUGCAACAGGGAUGCAGAGACGUCUAAGCUGUGUUUGCCACCAAAGAGUUGAUAACAAUGAUAACAAUGAGGAGAAGGAGGCAGCUGCUGUUUAUUGAGCACCUGCUAUGGACCAGGUACAGUACUAGGCACUUUGGUUACACUAUUAGGUCACAAGAAUGGAAAGUCCCCAUGCCCGCUCAAACUCUGUAAUGAGUGGGGGUCUGAUUUCAGUAAGAGAGGUGGUCACAAAGACAGGGAGCUGACGAGAAACCAGGGGUAGAGAUCCUUGUACUGCUGGGCUUCCCAAAGUGUGGACCAGGAUUCCAGGUAGCUCCAGGUUCCUAGUUUGGGAUAUUUCCAUUCUUUCAAAGUUGGUACAUAAAUGAGGCUUAGAUAAUAUUUUUUGUAUCAUACUACCUCAGAUUUGCACAAUUUUUUAUUAGUCUCAAAUGCUACCCUACCAUAUUUCUAAAUUAAAAUUGCCAAGAGUAAGAUUCUGCUUGGUCCAGCUUGACCGAGAUUGGGCAGUGUUUUUGCCAGAGCCAGAGACUUCACCUGGCCAGCCUGUGAGUGAGCUGUCUCUCCUUGGAUCAGGGAGUCAUCCCUGGCUGUGGCCCAGAAGCAGGAGGGGUGCCCAGGGUCAGGUGGUACAACACAUGGCCGCCUGGGGCUGCCUCUGUCACCAUCUUAUGAUGGACAAACUAGCUCAGAGCCCAACUCCUUAACUGAGACCUGAGAGAUAGAAGGGGAGAGGGAGAUACAAGGCCAACAGCUACUAAAUGAAUGCAAAUUCUGAUUCCGAUGAAAUCUGUCAGAGAAUUUAGCCACUUUUUAAAAGAUAAUGAAAUGAGACAAUACAUGAUUAGGGCAAAAAUGAUACAGGGAAGAAAAUUGUAGGAUUCAGAGGAGGGAAGGUUAGGAAACUAGGGAGGGUCCAUGAAAAAGGUAGAACUUGAUCUGGGCCUGGAUUAUAUGCCAGACACUGUGGCUGGUGCUGGGGAAAGAGUUGAUUAGGACAAAGUCCCUUGUCUUGUGGGGCCUUAAGACUGAGAGGAGGCACAGACACCUGAAGAUAUAUUAUACACAGAAGACAGUGUGUUGACAUGACAAUGGCAGUGUACCAAGAAGUGGUUCAGCUCUUGGUUGGCUGGAAAGGAGUAAAUGUGAGGGAUGGCUUAGAGGAGGGGAAGAAGAAGAAAGCCAAACAGAAGUUUCUUGGGAGGACGAGAUGAAGGAAAGGCAUUCUAGACGGAGGACAGUACAGAGGCAAGAAGCAUGAAACCUUGGGUGGGCUUGAAGCGUGUGCAGUCUGGUGUUCCCAAACGUGAAGCACAAGGAGGAAAGGGCAGUAGGUGAGGCUGUGCGGGCGAGCAGAGACCCAAUCCCAAAGGGCCUGGUCAAGGCGCAUGGCCUUGACCAAACAGAGCACAAACUACAAUGUUUUAAAUAGAGAAGAGACAUGACCAAGCUUGAGUUUUAUAAAGAGUACUUUGAUGGUGGCCUAAAAGUAGAGAGGCCGAGAGGUCAACUUGGGUGUUUAGACCAAGUAGGAACUGGGAGAAAAUGGGGCACCAGACCAGGGGUUUUGAUGCAACUGAAGAGCAUGUACGCUGGAUACACAUGAGUGAGAACUGGAAGGACAAGAGCUUAUGUUCAGAGAAUGAAAGAUUGUACAUUUAAGAUUUUUUAUGACAAAUUCCAGAUGAUGAUAAGGUCCAAAUGUAACCUGGGAAUGGAGAUCAGUGAGGUGUUGGGAAUCCAGAAGGUGAUGAGAAAUAAUUCGGAUAGUCCUGGGCACUCAUUCCUUUCCCCUUUCAGUAGCUCAGCAAAAAGCUAGCUCAGCAGGUACCAGCGAACUCAAUGGAGCAAAUAGGCUCCCCCUCCUACUGCGACCAUUUCUGUCACCAAGCAGUUGCCACUGUUAGUAGUAUAGACGUUCCCUGCCUCACCAUCCCUGUAACUGUGACGCACUCCAGGCUGGCUCCUCCUCUAUGGGAACUCUGAUCAUGGGACACACAAUCCAGCUAAGUCUGGUCUAAUCCCCUUCUCUGAAAGCUUGAGGGAUUGAGUGCACCCUGUUAUUGUUCUGCUUAUAAGUCCCCCCCCCCGAACAAUAAAACCCUACUGUAUAUUUGCACAGUAGGGGGUUGAGGAAUUUCGUCCCCAGGAAAAUCUGUUGGUUGUUGGCAUGGUAAGUAUUGUGGUAGAUGUGGAACCUAGAAAAAUGGUACAGAUGAGCCGGUUUGCAGGGCAGAAGUUGAGACACAGAUGUAGAGAACAGACAUAUGGACACCAAGGGGGGAAAACUGCGGUGGGGUGGGGAUGGUGGUGUGCUGAAUUGGGCGAUUGGGAUUGACAUGUACACACUGAUGUGUAUAAAAUUGAUGACUAAGAACCUGCAGUAUAAACAAACAAACAAAACAACUAAUACUAAACUUUCAUUGGGUUAUUUGUAUGGAAAUAUGUUAAUAUAAAUGUUUCAGACA